CCUGGGCCGCUGUCCCCACAGCCCAUGCUGCCCCCUGGAACCUGAAACUGACCUUUCUCCUCCCCUGGACUCGAGCUGGAGUCCAGCCAGACUCCUGCCUUGCUCAUGAAGCACAGCAUGUCAUCCUUGUGUCUCUGUGUCCCAGCCCCAGGCCGCUCACAGCCCCCUGGAGCAGCCGCCGGCCACCGCAAUCCUGUGCAACACCUGUGGAAAUGUGUGCAAGGGGGAGGUGCUGCGCGUGCAGAGCAAGUACUUCCACAUCAAGUGCUUCGUCUGCAAAGCCUGCGGCUGCGACCUGGCGGAGGGCGGCUUCUUCGUGCGGCAGGGCGAGUACGUCUGCACGCAGGACUACCAGCGCCUCUACGGCACGCGCUGCCACAGCUGCGACCGGUUCAUCGAGGGCGAGGUGGUGUCCGCGCUGGGCAAGACCUACCACCCCGACUGCUUCGUGUGCGCCGUCUGCCGGCUUCCCUUUCCACCCGGGGACCGAGUGACCUUCAACGGGAAGGAAUGCAUGUGCCAGAAGUGCUCCCUGCCCACAGUGCUGGGCAGCAGCAUGCAGUCCCCGGGCCUGCGGAGCCACCAGAGGCGCCUUGGGGCCCUUGGAAGAGCCUGAACUCCUGGCUUCUGUGGGGUCCUCUCAGGUCCACACUCCACCCUGGAGCUGGCCCAGGCUGUGGGGGCUGUGGCUCAGAGAUCAAGAACGGCCAGGCCCUGGUGGCUUUGGACAAGCACUGGCAUCUGGGCUGUUUCAAGUGCACGGCUUGCGGGAAGCUCCUGAACGCCGAGUACAUCAGCAAGGACGGGCUGCCCUACUGUGAGACCGACUACCACGCCAAAUUCGGCAUCCGCUGCGACGGCUGUGAGAAGUACGUCACGGGGCGCGUGCUGGAGGCGGGGCAGAAGCACUACCACCCCUCGUGCGCGCUAUGCGUCAGGUGCGGCCAGAUGUUUGCGGAAGGCGAGGAGAUGUAUCUUCAAGGUUCUUCCAUCUGGCACCCGGCGUGUCGGCAGGCAGCCAGAACUGAGGACAAAACCAAGGACACCAGGACUUCCUCGGAGAGCAUCGUUUCCGUGCCCGCCUCCAGCACCUCAGGGUCUCCCAGCCGCGUCAUCUAUGCCAAGCUUGGGGAUGAGAUCCUGGACUACAGGGACUUGGCGGCACUUCCCAAAAGUAAGGCCAUCUACAACAUCGACCGCCCGGACAUGAUCUCCUACUCUCCCUAUGUCAGCCAUUCUGCGGGGGACAGGCAGAGCUACGGCGAGUCUCCUCAGUUGCUCUCGCCAACGCCGACUGAGGGGGACCAAGAUGACCGGUCCUACAAGCAGUGCCGGACCUCCAGCCCCAGCUCGGCGGGCUCCGUCAGCCUCGGGCGCUACACCCCAACCUCACGCUCGCCCCAGCACUACAGUCGCCCAGCUGGUACUGUGAGUGUGGGUACCAGUAGCUGCCUCUCCCUGUCCCAACACCCCAGCCCCACCUCCGUGUUCAGACAUCAGUACAUCCCCUACUUCCGAGGCAGAGAUUCCACUUCCAGAUGGGGUAAAGGACUGGAGCCAGGCUCGGAAGCUACUUUCCACUGCAUUUGCCAAAAAAGCAGUGAAAGUGGCCGCAGCACCCCCAGCCUCUCGGUGCUCUCGGACAGCAGGCCUCCUUCCUCCACCUACCAGCAGGCACCGCGCCACUUCCACGUCCCAGACACUGGCGUAAAAGAUAACAUCUAUAGGAAACCCCCCAUCUACAAACAGCAUGGUCCUGUAGCCCAAUCCCCAAUUUCCCAGCUCUCUGGCCUGGUGUCAGUCUUGUCCUUGGUGGUGCAGGAGGCGGGCUGCUCCAAAAGAUUGACAGGUCCCAGCCCACCGAAGGCUGCAGCCGCCAGGCGACUGGACGGGGAGGAUGGAAGCUUGGACCAGGACAACAGGAAGAAGACCAGCUGGCUCCUCCUCAAGGGGGACUCAGACACAAGGACUAACUCUCCAGACCUGGACAGCCAGUCUCUGUCCCACAGUAGCGGCACCGAGCAAGACCCUCUGCAGAGAGUGCAAGGAGACAGCUUUUACUCACGCUUCCCCUAUUCCAAAUCUGACUCUCUCCCAGGACACAGGACGAAUGGCCUGGACCAUCGGAAUGCCGGUAUGGCCCCUUGCGGAGCAGACCCGGAUGCCGGCUGGGGCACUCGAGAGUACAAGGUCUACCCGUAUGACGCGCUCAUCGUCACGAACCGGAUCCGCGUGAAGCUGCCCAAAGAUGUGGACCGGACGAGACUGGAGAGACACUUGUCACCUGAGGAGUUCCGGGCGGUGUUCGGGAUGAGCACUGAGGAGUUCGACCGCCUUGCGCUGUGGAAGAGGAAUGACCUCAAGAAGAAAGCCCUGCUCUUCUGACGGCCGCCCGCCCUCCCCCGCCCAUGCCAGGCAGAGCCGAGGGACCGGCCAGAGCCACACGAACCCCGCCCCGCACCUCGCCGUGGCGUCUCUGUGUCAGUGGGGCAGGUGGGGGCCGGGGAAGCCGGGCGGGGCAGGAGGAGGGCCCCAGCAGGCGUGGCCCCGACGCUGCCGGAGACGCUCCUGCCUCUAGUUUAGGGCCACAACCCCUAGCUCGACUCACCCCCUCCCGGCUUGGCUUCCAGGCCGAGUCUCCAGACAGUGGCGGCCCACCUUUCCGGCCCGCCCGGACGCGCCUGGCCCUGGGAUGCAGAGGUGGCCACACGUGCACUGUGAGAAGGCUCUUUGGUGGCAGGCGCGUCGGGGUGCGAGCGCACGGCUCCUCAGAGCCGGGUGGGCCACUCGGCAGGCAGCAGACUCGCGGGCCAGGCAGGAGAGCAGAACCCAGGGUUGGGGCAGUGCCAAGCAGGGGGCGUGCGAGCUUCUGCACAUCCGUGAUGGUCUCUAGGAUAAGUGCCCACUGACAGGGUGCCCACCAGUGCUCCGGGCUCGGCUCCCUGCAGGCCAGCCCGAGAGGCCCAGAUGAGACCUUUCAAGUAACACAGAGGUUUUAUUUUUAAAGAGCAUAGUUUACGUACUCAUGAGAUGACACACGUGCAGAGUUUAGUUUUACGUCCCGGUGAAGGGGAUCACCUCUGCCUUACCCACAUGCGGGUCCCCGUGGCCCCUGCUCGUGGUGCCCCUGAUAGACAGGAAUCCUUGGCCGUAUCCUCUUGUCUUUCCCGGUGUGUGUCACGCAGAUGCCCGGAAGACAGCCCCUCUGAGUGGUGCUGUUUGUAAGUACGUGUGACUCCUGGCUGCCAUUACUCCUUGCCCUGAUUUUCCCAAGUCUCUCCCUAUGGCUCUGGAAUAAAGGUCUCCACAUAGCCAGCCUGGUCCCCUGCGGCUUCCCGCGCACUGACCUAGCGGUGACCAGCAGUGUCUCACCUUAUCCACUGUAAGACAAACCACACUUGGGGACCCUGUGCCCGAGCACCACCCUGACACAGGCACCACGCACUUUGUGAGGAGAAGGUGGAGAUGUCGUCUCUUCCAACCUGCGAGGCCAGCAGGGCGCAGGCCGGGGAGCAGAAGCUGGCUGGGGCUCCCCAGAGGGCAGGCCUGUGACUGCACUUACUGGUGGGUGGGGCCUGACAAGGGGCAGCGGGAGGCGGGGAAUGCUGGGCUCCGUUUCUGGUCCUGUGUGCCCACCCGCUCCCGCCGGGAGUCGCCCUCGCUCCGCUUCUUCUCGGCCCUGGAACACACCAAGUCCCGCUUGGCUCAGCUUCUCGCCAGCCUGGCUUUCCCGCGGAGGGGGACUUUCAGCUCCUGAUAUGCUUCCUGCCACUUAGCAAUCCGAGCCUGCACAGCUGGAAACCCCCGUCUCCUCGCCCGCCCGGAGCCACGUCUGACCCGGGAACCGGGGUAAUAAAAGACGACCUGCCGUAACUUGUCAAGUGCA